CAGCUCCUUCUUUUGUUGGUAAUUGUCCUCGCUGAAAGCUUUCUGCAACUCUACACAAACAAGAAGACAUUAUUUUACCUGUUUAAAUUAAUAUCAGAGCCAAGAAAAAACUGAGGGGUAACAGCUGACCAUCUCUGCUCAAGUUCUGAGCCCCAGUAAAGUCAAGCCCUGAAAGGUCAGCAACGGAGCUAAUAGCAGAGAGCGGUGAGGCGUGGGUAACCACUAAGUGCCUUCUGAAUGACGGAAUACCGACUUGGUAAAUAUAUGGAAUCUUAACGGAAAAGGUCUGUACUUUGGAAAAUGUCCGCCACAGCCUUUGUCUGUGCCAAUCCCUGGUGUCUUCCUGGGCUCCAUGCGUUGCAGGCUGGAUUAUACAGACCGGUGCCAUUGCUGAAGACAACGCUGCUCCUAUAUAUGGAUCCCCAUUAUUGAAAAAAAUGAGUCGUGCUUCUGUUUUUUCAACAAUGCUGCUAUUUGACCUUUACUUCAUUUAUACCAUAUUCGUGGCAACGACUUUGAGUGUAAAUCCUUGUAAGAUUGUACAGGAAAAAGCUGACUGCAGUCAUCUGAAACUCUCCCAGAUCCCUUCUGAUCUACCAAGCGACAUAAAGGCGCUGGACCUCUCUCACAACCAACUGAAGCAGCUGCCUUCUGCUAAUUUGUCUAGAUAUGAUCAGCUUGUCUCCCUGGAUGUUGGAUAUAAUACUCUGCAUCAGUUUGAUCCAUUAUUGUGUGAAAAACUACCACGGUUGUCUCUAUUAAAUUUACAGCACAAUGAAUUCACUAAAAUUUCAGAAAAAUACUUUACCUUGUGUUCCAGCCUCACCGAACUUUAUUUAACCGCCAAUGGAAUAAGCAGCAUAAGUGGAAAUCCUUUUGAAAAAUUAGAGAGCUUGUGUGUUCUUGACUUGUCCCACAACAAAAUGACUUCAACCAUACUUGGAAACAAGCCACAACUACCAAAUCUUCAAAAACUUAUUCUGUCUUCAAAUAAGAUAACAGAGCUCACUAAAGACGGACUAGCUUUUCUAUACACUUCUUUAAAGACCCUUGAACUAUCAUCAAAUGCCAUAAAAAUGGUUUCCAAAGAGUGUUUUCACAGUUUAAUAACUCUCCAUACACUGGUGAUGGACAAUAUGCAACUUGGAGCAAACCUGGUGGAACUCGUUUGCACAGCUUUAGCAGGAACUGGAAUACAAGCUGUUUCAUUAAAUAAUGUACAACUAACACAUAUAUAUAACACUACAUUUACAGGAUUAGAACAUAGAAAUCUGACUACAUUAAAUAUUUCCCAAAAUAGUUUAUCACAUAUUGAUGACAAAUCGUUUGCUCCACUCCAUCAAUUAGAGUAUCUAAACAUGGAAAAUAAUCAAGUUUCUCAGCUGACGCCUAAUACCUUUUAUGGUUUGUCGAACCUAACGUAUCUCAAUUUAAGAAAGUUUUUCAUCAAAUCAAAAGUUUCUAUUAAUGACCUUUCAUUCCAGUGGCUAAAUAAUGUGGAACAUCUGAACAUGGAAGAAAAUAAAAUAUCUGACCUUACAGAGAACACUUUUACUGGUCUAACAAGCUUAAAAAUGUUAAAUUUAAGUGACUGCUCUAUAAACCUGCAGAGAAUUACCAAUAAGACAUUUUCAUCUCUUUCCAAAUCACCAUUGUUAGUACUGGAUUUGACAAAAACAGGAAUAGUCAUAUUAGAAAGUGGAGCAUUUUCUUCCCUGAGUAACCUUAAGGUUCUUGACUUAGGUUUAAACAAGAUAAACCAGGAAUUAUAUGGCCAGGAAUUUCAGGGUCUUAAAAAUAUUGAGAUUCUUUAUCUUUCCUUCAACAAUCGGUUGACCCUAAGAAGCAACUCCUUUACUUAUGUUUCAAGUCUUAAACGAUUGUAUUUGCGGAAAACAGCAUUGACAUUCACAGAUCUAAACCCUUCUCCUUUUAAAGGUCUACACAAUUUAACACUGUUGGAUCUCAGCAACAAUAACAUUGCUAACAUAGAGGACAAUAUAUUUGAAGGUUUGGACAGCCUUAAAAUUCUUAAUCUUCAGCACAACAAUUUGGCUCGGUUGUGGAAACACGCAAAUCCAGGUGGUCCUGUUUUGUUCUUGAAAGGAUUAUACAGUUUGGAGAUACUUGGGUUGGUGUCCAAUGGUUUUGAUGAGAUACCUGAUUCAGCUUUCAAUGGUCUGCCUAAUCUAUCUAUUUUGGAUCUAGGGGAAAAUAAUGUAAACAUAAUACCAGUGUCUCUGUUUGAUGAUCAGAGAUCGCUUUCUAUACUAGAUCUUCAUAAAAAUCUCAUAACAGCAGUUGAAAAAGAAGUAUUUAAAAAUGUUUUCAAAACUUUAACAAACUUGAGCAUGGGUGGAAAUCCCUUUGACUGCACAUGUGAUAGCAUAGCUUGGUUUGCAGACUGGCUUAAUAAAACAAAUGUAACUAUAACAGGCCAUACUUCUCAAUAUAAAUGCAACACACCUCCACGAUACCAUGGUAUUUAUGUGGAAUAUUUUGAUGCAUCUUCCUGUAAAGACAAUAGUCCUUAUAUAUUGUUCAUACUUUCUUUCAGUUUUCUUAUUACUUUUCUGUCUUUAGUAGUGUUAAUACACUUCCAAGGGUGGAGAUUUGAAUUUUACUGGAAUGUUUCUGUGAACAGGAUACUUGGUUUCAGAGAAGUUGAUUACAGAACUGAAGACUUUGAUUAUGAUGCUUAUAUAAUUCACGCUAAAGAUGACCUUGACUGGGUUGAAAAUAAUUUGAUACCAUUUGAAGAAGAUGAGCCUAAAUUACAAUUUUGCAUUGAGGAAAGGGACUUUGAAGCAGGAAUAUCUCAACUUGGUGCAAUAGUUAAGAGUAUGAAAAGAAGUCGAAAAAUCAUAUUUGUUAUAACUAAUUUGUUUUUAAAAGAUCCUUGGUGUAAGAGGUUUAAGAUACAACAUGCUGUCCAACAAGCUAUUGAACAGAGUCGUGACUCCAUCAUACUUAUCUUCCUUGAGGAUAUUCCAGAUUAUAAAUUGCAUUAUACCAUACAUCUAAGAAGGGGAAUGUUCCAGUCACAUUGCAUCUUGGAUUGGCCAGCUCAAAAGGAAAGAUUUAAUGCUUUCCGUCAAAAACUAAAAAUUGCUCUGGGAUCUACUAACAUCAUAAGUUAAUUUUGAUUGACUAAAAAGUAGAAUCUAACUUCUGUUAAAUAGAGAACCACUAUUGGUGUUCGAUUCCUCUCAGACUUGCCUGGUGAGGGCAUGAAACGGGCAGUCAGUUUGAGAGCCUACAGUUCCUGAAAAGGGAAACAUAAACACAUAAUUAAUUUUUCUGUUUCACUUCUUAAAAAUAUUAAUAAACUGUUUUUUUUUAUUUCUCUUUAA